AUGGCAGAAGCCAGAAUUUCUCAGGAUGAGUUCAUGUGUUCAGUGUGUCUGGAUCUCCUGAAGGAUCCAGUGACCACCCACUGUGGACAUAGUUACUGUAAGAACUGUAUUACAGACUACUGGAAUCAGGAGGAUCAGACGAGAGUCUACAGCUGCCCUCAGUGCAGACAGACCUUCAGUCCAAGACCUGCUUUAGCUAAAAACACCAUUCUGGCUGAAAUGGUGGAGAAACUGAAGAAGAUUAAACUUCCUGCUGACUGUUACGCUGGAGCUGGAGAUGUGCAGUGUGACGUCUGUACUGGAAGAAAACACAAAGCCGUCAAGUCCUGUCUGGUGUGUCUGAACUCUUACUGUCAGAAUCACCUUGAACAACAUGAGACCUUCUUUAAAGGAAAGAGACACAAUCUGACUGAAGCCACUGGACGACUGCAGGAGAUGAUCUGCCUGAAACACGACAAGAUCCUUGAGGUUUUCUGUUGCACUGACCAGAAUUUUUUAUGUGUGCUUUGUAUGAUGAAUGAACAUAAAAACCACGACACUGUAUCAGUUGCAGCACAGAGGACAGAGAAACAGAAACAGCUGAAGGAGACACAGAGGUCAUUCCAGCAGAGAAUCCAGCAGAGACAGAAAGACCUUCGGCAGCUGAGAGAGGCUGUGGAGUCUCAUAAGCGCUCUGCACAGACAGCAGUGGAGGACAGUGAGAGGAUCUUCACUGAGCUCAUCCGCUCCAUUGAGAGAAGCCGCUCUGAGGUCACACAGCGGAUCAGAGAUCAGGAAAAGACUGCAGUGAGUCGAGCUGAAGGACGACUGGAGCGACUGGAGCAGGAGAUCAAUGAUCUGAGGAGGAGAGACGCUGAGCUGGAGCAGCUUUCACACACACAGGAUCACAUCCAUUUCCUCAAGAGUUUCCAGUCUCUCUCAGCUCCUCCUGAAUCUGCAGAUGUAUCCAACAAUCCCUUCAAUUCUCUCUUCUCUUUUGAUGGCGUGAGAGAAUCUGUCUGUCAACUGAAAGACAAACUGGAGGAUUUCUGCAGAGAGGAGCUCAAAAAGAUCUCUGACAGAAUCACAUUCACCAACAUUGUUCCCAGGAUCAGGAACGACUUCCUACAAUAUUCCUAUCAACUCACUCUGGAUCCAAACACAGUGAAUAAACGCCUCCGUCUGUCUGAGAGGAACAGAGUGAUCACUUACACUAACACAGAGCAGUCGUAUCCUGAUCAUCCAGACAGAUUUGAUGUGCAUCAUCAGGUGUUGUGUAGAGAGAGUGUGUGUGGACGCUGUUACUGGGAGAUUGAGUGGAGUGGAAGGUGUGUGUUUAUAUCAGUGUCAUAUAAGAGCAUCAGCAGAAAGGGUGAGGGUUAUGAGUGUGUGUUUGGACGUAAUGACCAGUCCUGGAGUUUGAACUGCUCUUCCUCCAGAUACUCAUUCAGACACAAUAACAUAGUAGCUGAUCUCCCUGUAGCGUCUAGCUGUAGAAUAGGAGUGUAUGUGGAUCACAGUGCAGGAACUCUGUCCUUCUACAGCAUCUCUGAAGACACAAUGAACCUCAUCCACACAGUCCAGACCACAUUCACUCAGCCACUCUAUCCUGGCUUUUGGGUUUGUUCUGGAUCAGUGAAACUGUUUUGAUGUAUCUGAAUAGAUUAUAUUGGUAUUCUACAACAUAUAAUACUUGAGCUGCAUGAUAGAUCAGUGUAACGACUGGACCGAUCAAAUACACCAUUGUUCCACUUAGUCUUCACAACCCCUCACCCAGGCAGACUCUGUGAUGUCUGGUUUCUCUACUGAGAAUUAUCACCCCUUUUGCUUCACUCAUACAGUUCAAAGACACUUGGGACAGUAAUUGUUCCCAAUGAGAGAACAGUACAGGCUACAAGAAACAGACAUGCAGUCUCAUAGAAAUUGAAUCAUUUCCACUAAUUCAUUGACAAAUCUAUCUAAUGAAGGAACAUGCAUUUCCCCAGUACAUUUUGUGUAUUACUACUGUUUGUAUAUUGUGUUUUUAUAUAUUGUAUAGUGUUAUGCAUGCCUGAUGAUAGAACUGCUAGAUAAUGUAGCCCCAUCUAGAUGGUGUCUCCUAUCAAAAUAAUUGACGUUUAAUGACUCACACUUUGGUGGACAUCACCUUCUCAUAGAAUGCAGUGUGUGUUUUUUUUAUUUAUCAGAGUAUAAAUGGACACAAACUUCCAGCUUACUCCAAUCAAAUGAGUAAGCUUCCCAAACUGAGGGACUUUCCUCUUGAAUUGCACUUUUCUCAUUGGCCAAGCCAAAAGCCUCUAUAGAACUUAAAGUUCAUCAUCAGUUCUUCAUUCAGUGCAGAAGAAAUUGAUUACAACUUCAUCACCGUCAGACCAAACCAUCAAGAAU